AUGCCCAACACGAUCCAACACGACACUGUGAAGUUAACAAGCAGCAGGAGUCGUCUGUGGCCCGCCAGGUAUUUGCCCUUUGUGGUGCCACUCGUCUUUUUCAUCGACGUGUUGGUCGAGUGGCGCUUCAUUGCUUUCUUUGGGCUGGCCACUUCAGCCGUCGUGACGCUGCUGAACGAGGCGGUGUUCAAGCCAAUCCUCAAGCAGCCUCGCCCAGAAGGGUCUGCGAAUCGCAAGUUCAACGAAAAGACCGGAAGGUGGGAGAUGAAACCUGGCAUGCCUUCUGGGCAUGUCGCAAAUGCCGCCACGACGAUGGUCUGGUGUUUGCUGGAGGUGGCUUUGCGAGGCCCAGGAUUCGACGACCAGCCUUUCCUGACCACGAAGAUCCUUUUGCUGAUCUUAGUUUGCAUGGGACCCGUUCCCUGGGCCAGGAUUUACAACCAGGAUCACAGCCUGGCCCAGUGCACUGUGGCAGGUAUCAUGGGCGUGGUGGCAGGCGUGUCUGCCUACUGGGUCCGAGUGACCUACUUUCCCUUGGGUCCAGGGCAGGAGUGGUGCUACAAGAAGCUGUGCUUGCUGGGCGGGAAGCCCUGGGACCCUUUCUUGGAUGAGCCGAGUCUGGACGGUGGCGAGCUGGUCGCAAGCGCUGCUGUUGUCACCACCACCGUCGCACAGGUCGCGCUGAAGGAAGCCGCCAAAGCUGCAGCAACCCACAUCACGAGUGCGCUGAGCAACAAGGCUGCAGACCGUCCUGUGGAUCUCCCAAAAGAUGACUCCAAGGAGUUUGCCGAUGCGGACGAGGCAAAAGCAGAAGCGAAGGCAAGCGACCGGCUUCUGCGCCGCCUCCACCUGCGUGGUUCUGCCUAG